GGGCGGAGACGGACCCGGGAUCUGUCCGAGCAGGAAGCGAGCCGGAGCCCGGUCGCCGCCGCCGCCCUGUCGCCGCCACCGCGACUCUGAGCUCGUUCACGUCGUCGGCCUUUUCGCUCAACUUCAUCACCUCCCACCCCGCCCUUCACCUCACCGGCCACAGGUAGCCUCGCCGCCGCGCACCUGCCUUCGCGUCCGCACCGAAAAUAGAUACUCCCUUCAAAAAUGGAGGAUGGAAAGCCCGUUUGGGCGCCACACCCUACAGAUGGAUUUCAAAUGGGCAAUAUUGUAGAUAUUGGCCCUGACAGCUUAACCAUUGAACCCUUGAACCAAAAAGGCAAGACAUUUUUGGCUCUCAUAAACCAAGUGUUCCCUGCAGAAGAAGACAGCAAAAAAGAUGUGGAAGAUAAUUGUUCACUAAUGUAUUUAAAUGAAGCCACUCUUCUUCAUAAUAUCAAAGUUCGAUACAGUAAAGACAGAAUUUAUACAUAUGUCGCCAACAUUCUGAUUGCAGUGAACCCAUACUUUGACAUACCUAAAAUAUAUUCUUCAGAAACAAUAAAGUCGUAUCAAGGAAAAUCUCUUGGAACAAUGCCACCUCAUGUCUUUGCAAUUGCUGAUAAGGCUUUUAGAGACAUGAAAGUGCUCAAGAUGAGUCAGUCUAUCAUCGUAUCUGGAGAAUCAGGAGCUGGCAAAACAGAAAAUACAAAAUUUGUUUUAAGAUACCUGACUGAAUCCUAUGGAACAGGUCAAGAUAUUGAUGAUAGAAUUGUUGAAGCUAACCCACUCUUAGAAGCCUUUGGAAAUGCAAAGACUGUUCGCAACAAUAAUAGCAGUAGAUUUGGAAAAUUUGUAGAAAUACAUUUCAAUGAAAAGAGUUCAGUUGUUGGAGGAUUUGUUUCACAUUACCUUCUAGAGAAAUCUAGGAUCUGUGUUCAAGGCAAAGAGGAAAGGAAUUAUCAUAUCUUUUAUAGGUUGUGCGCUGGUGCUUCUGAAGAUAUUAGGGAAAAACUUCAUUUGAACUCCCCAGAUAAUUUUCGGUAUUUAAACCGAGGCUGCACUAGAUACUUUGCUAACAAAGAAACUGACAAACAGAUUUUACAGAACCGAAAAAGUCCUGAGUAUCUUAAGGCAGGUUCCUUGAAAGAUCCUCUGUUAGAUGACCAUGGAGAUUUUAUUAGAAUGUGCACAGCUAUGAAAAAGAUUGGUUUGGAUGACGAAGAAAAGCUUGAUCUGUUCCGGGUAGUAGCUGGUGUCCUGCACCUUGGAAAUAUUGAUUUUGAGGAAGCUGGCAGCACCUCAGGUGGUUGUAAUCUGAAGAAUAAAUCUAAUCAGGCAUUGGAAUAUUGUGCUGAAUUACUGGGUUUAGAUCAAGAUGAUCUUCGUGUAAGUUUAACUACAAGAGUCAUGCUAACAACAGCAGGGGGCACCAAAGGAACAGUCAUAAAGGUACCCUUGAAAGUGGAGCAAGCAAACAAUGCCCGCGAUGCCUUGGCAAAGACUGUCUAUAGCCAUCUUUUUGAUCAUGUGGUCAACAGAGUAAAUCAGUGUUUUCCUUUUGAAACAUCAUCUUAUUUUAUUGGAGUCCUAGAUAUUGCUGGUUUUGAGUACUUUGAACAUAACAGUUUUGAACAAUUUUGCAUCAACUACUGCAAUGAAAAGCUUCAACAGUUUUUUAAUGAAAGGAUUCUGAAGGAGGAACAAGAACUCUAUCAAAAAGAAGGUUUAGGUGUUAAUGAAGUGCAUUAUGUGGAUAAUCAGGACUGUAUAGAUUUAAUUGAAUCAAAAUUAGUGGGGAUACUGGAUAUUUUAGAUGAAGAAAAUCGCCUUCCCCAGCCAAGUGAUCAACACUUUACAUCUGCAGUUCACCAGAAACACAAAGAACAUUUCCGACUCACUAUACCCAGAAAAUCUAAGCUGGCAGUCCAUAGGAACAUCAGAGAUGAUGAAGGCUUCAUUAUCAGGCAUUUUGCAGGGGCAGUGUGCUAUGAAACAACCCAGUUUGUGGAAAAAAAUAAUGAUGCUUUACAUAUGUCUCUUGAAUCCUUAAUAUGUGAAUCCAGGGAUAAAUUUAUACGAGAAUUAUUUGAAUCAUCUACAAACAACAACAAAGAUACUAAACAAAAAGCAGGAAAACUUAGCUUCAUCAGUGUGGGAAACAAGUUUAAGACACAGUUAAAUCUGCUUCUGGAUAAACUUCGAAGUACUGGUGCAAGCUUUAUUCGUUGUAUCAAACCUAAUUUAAAGAUGACAAGCCACCACUUUGAAGGUGCCCAGAUUUUGUCUCAACUUCAAUGUUCAGGUAUGGUGUCUGUUUUGGACUUAAUGCAGGGUGGUUUCCCAUCACGAGCUUCCUUUCAUGAACUCUACAACAUGUAUAAAAAGUAUAUGCCAGAUAAACUUGCAAGAUUAGAUCCAAGACUGUUUUGCAAGGCUCUUUUUAAAGCUUUGGGCUUGAAUGAAAUUGACUACAAGUUUGGGUUAACAAAAGUAUUUUUUAGGCCUGGCAAGUUUGCAGAAUUUGAUCAGAUUAUGAAGUCUGACCCUGACCAUUUAGCAGAACUGGUUAAAAGAGUCAAUCACUGGCUUGUCUGCAGUCGCUGGAAGAAAGUUCAGUGGUGCUCCCUCUCAGUCAUCAAACUGAAAAACAAAAUAAAAUAUCGAGCUGAAGCCUGCAUUAAAAUGCAAAAAACUAUUAGAAUGUGGCUUUGCAAAAGGAGACACAAACCUCGCAUCGAUGGACUGGUUAAGGUCGGCACACUGAAAAAACGACUCGAUAAAUUUAAUGAAGUAGUAAAUGCAUUGAAAGAUGGAAAACCAGAGGUGAAUAAACAGGUCAAGGACCUUGAAAUUUCUAUUGAUGCUUUAAUGGCCAAAAUUAAGUCCACUAUGAUGACAAGGGAACAAAUACAGAGAGAAUAUGAUGCACUAGUUAAAAGCUCAGAGGAACUCCUCAGCGCAUUACAGAAAAAAAAACAGCAGGAAGAGGAAGCAGAACGGCUGAGGCGUAUUCAAGAAGAAAUGGAAAAAGAAAGAAAAAGACGUGAGGAAGAUGAACAACGUCGAAGAAAGGAAGAGGAGGAAAGGCGGAUGAAACUUGAGAUGGAAGCAAAGAGAAAACAAGAAGAAGAAGAGAGAAAGAAAAGGGAAGAUGAUGAAAAACGUAUUCAGGCUGAAGUGGAGGAGCAGCUGGCCCGACAGCGGGAAGAGGAAUCUCAGCAGCAGGCGGUUCUGGAGCAGGAGCGCCGCGACCGGGAGCUGGCCCUGAGGAUCGCCCAGAGCGAAGCUGAGCUCAUCAGCGACGAGGCCCAGGCUGACCUGGUGCUCCGGAGGUUGGAUUCCUAUCCAGUAACUUCUAAAAGCAGUGGAGCAAGACCCAAAAUGACACCGGAACAGAUGGCGAAAGAAAUGUCAGAAUAUCUGAAUAGAGGUCCUGCUGUACAAGCCACCAAGGCAGCUGCUGGUACCAAGAAAUACGAUCUCAGUAAAUGGAAAUAUGCAGAACUACGUGAUACCAUCAAUACUUCUUGUGAUAUUGAGCUCCUGGCAGCUUGCAGAGAAGAAUUUCACAGAAGACUAAAAGUGUAUCAUGCUUGGAAAUCCAAGAAUAAGAAGAGAAACACUGAAACAGAGCAACGUGCUCCAAAGUCUGUUACUGAUUAUGAUUUUGCACCAUUUUUGAACAAUUCACCUCAGCAGAACCCAGCGUCUCAGCUUCCUGCCAGGCAGCAGGAGAUCGAAAUGAACCGACAGCAGCGCUUCUUCCGCAUCCCAUUCAUCCGCCCUGCCGACCAGUACAAAGACCCGCAGAAUAAGAAAAAAGGCUGGUGGUACGCGCACUUUGAUGGCCCGUGGAUUGCCCGGCAGAUGGAACUCCAUCCUGACAAGCCGCCCAUCCUGCUUGUGGCUGGUGUGUGGAAGGAUGACAUGGAGAUGUGUGAGCUGAAUCUUGAAGAGACAGGCCUGACUCGAAAGCGUGGUGCUGAGAUUUUGCCAAGACAGUUUGAAGAAAUUUGGGAACGCUGCGGAGGUAUCCAGUACCUCCAGAAUGCAAUUGAGAGCAAACAGGCGAGGCCCACGUAUGCGACGGCCAUGCUGCAGAACCUGUUAAAGUAGAUGGUGCACCUGACCUGACAUCUGGGAGCCAGGCUGGGGCACUAAGUAGGGUGUGUGCCCCCCAAGAUUUGACCUUUCUGUGACCAUGUUAGAACUGCUGAUACAAAGUGAACAGAUUUUAUUAAUCAUGGCUUUUUGUUAAUUUAAGGUAAAUUAUGGUAGUGAACUUGGGACCUAAAAAUUGUUUUCGUGUAUCCAACUGUAACUGUUAAACCUCUCCUCCUUCUAAUACUGGUUAACACUUGGACAGAUUCUGACAUUUCUCAUUCUUUGCCAACAGACUACCUGAAGUCCAUUGUAAUUGUUCUCUAGGAAAGGAAAUGUUUUAAAAACUCAAAAUACUGACUUUGCAAGGAUGGCACAGAACCAUAUAACUGGAAUAAUGAAACCUUAGGUUAAAUUUUCUUGUGAAAAUUAAGGCACUUAAUCAAGGCACUGAUGCUUUGAUCUGGAAUGCUGUGUACUUUUUUAAUUCACUUUUUCAGAAAUUGAUGGAUAUUUCCAUUGAAAGUGGAAAAUUUUUUUUCCUCCUCCUUUGUGGUGUGACUUAGUUUGAGUAAAGCAAUUCACCUGAACUUCUAGAAUUCUAGAAAAGAGCCUGAAUGUAUUUGAUGUACUCUGCGAUAAAGAAGGUACUCACAGAUUUAUUUUUCUUUUCUAUCAUGUUUUGUUGCUAUGUAAGAAUAUUUUCUUACAGUCCGUGGACAAAUAAAGGAAAUUCAGGCCAUUUCAGUGCUUAAAAGUUUUGAGAUAACUUGUUUCAUUUAGAAAAGGAAAUAGGUUUUCGGUGGCAAUGUGGCUUAACUGGACUGAAUUCAAAUUAUUCUUUCAACUUCAUCUCAGUUGCAAUUUUUGUAUCAGAAUCUUGUCCAAGUUGUUUCGUAUGAUUUAAGCUAGUGUUCUGUUUCAAAAUAUCUUUGUUUUUGAAAAUGUCUAGUGUCUUUUUUGGCCUUGAGAUUUUGGUAAUUAUAGAACUGUUUUGUAAGCUUUGUAAUUCAAAAGCCCAGUACUUGGUAAUUGCUUAUUUCAUGUAACUGACGAUUUAAUUUUUUUCUUUGUGUGUUAGUUUUGAUCAAAUGUCAGCAGUUUUCAAAUUUAAUAUUUAUGACAUUAUAUUAGGAAUUUGGAGACAAAAAUACAUCAUGGAGUUAUGCUGAUAUAAUGAUAGUCGUGUUUGUAUUUUAGAAUAAAAUUAGAAAAAUAAAAUUAUUCUCUGUACUUUUCCCCCUGAUUUUUAAAGACCCUAGCCUUUGAAAUGAUUUCCAGUGAUUGUUUUUUCUAGAAAGAGUACCUCAGCCAGGAAGAUCUUUCCCAGCUGAUUAGAUUAAUGCUUGUGAGAGCCACACACUUUUUUCUGAAUUGUUUCUCUCAUAAGAUGUGUCUUAGUACAGAAAUAUUUAUUUAUUAUGAUACUGUGCAAAUGAUUGUCUCCUGUUAAAGAAAUUAAAUUGUCCUAUCUGUGCUAUUGGGAAUGUGAAUAGGAUUAUCUUUUGAAGGCUGUAUUACUGUGGAGAUUCACCCACCCUCGGGUCAUUUGGCCCCUGUGAUUGGUGCAGAAGGUCUGGUUACUGAAAAUAAACGACCUGUUCUCUCUCUUCUCAUCACUUGCCUUUAAUUGGUGUUUUUAUUUGUGUAGGAUAGUGAAUGAUGAGCUUAACUAGUAGCAAAUAAAGUCCUUGAAGAAAAUUUAAUAACCAAAUUGACUUUUAAUGACUUAUCCCUUUAGUACUGUUUUCAGAAGGAGUUUUAUGUAUCUCCUAGAUACAUUUAAGUACUAGAUGGAAAACCCAUCAAACAGGUUAAAAUUACUGUAAUGAGAGAACUUAAUGUUUGAAGAAUUUGUAAGACACUUAUCACAGCAAAGCAUUGUUGUAAGUCUUUCAUUUUUUAUUUUAAUAGCUAAUAAAAUUACAGUUUUAAGCUA